CAGAGAGGCCCCAGACUGUGCUCUCUUCCCCACUUCCAGCAAUUGUACAGAGGGAGGAGACCACUUGAUUUUAGAGAACGUCCUGGAUUGGAAAGUAUGGAGAGUGACAUCGAAUAUAAGUCUGACCAUUCACUGGAACAAAGAGGCUAGAAGUGAGGGGAGGAACUAGGAAAAGAGAGGUGGCGAGAAAAGUGGUAAAGAAAGUUUAAAAAAAGCAGGAGAUCCAGUAAAAGAAGAGACCUUACAUCAACAACAGAACCUUCCCUCGGCUCCCACGGUUUCCCUCCGGACUCUGGAUCCAGGGAGCCCGUUCGUGGUUGCUAAGGGGUGGCCCCGGAAGUGACGGACUCCGGGUUUGUUGACAGCGGCGGCGGCGGCGGCGGCGACGGCGGCGGCGGCGGCGGCGGCUGAGCUUGAGACGGAGGAAUCGAGAGGCGGACGGAAGAGCUGGGAUCGGAUCCGGGAGGACGGGCUCGGGGCCUGGAGCCCAGAGCCAGCAGCGGGCGGGCGGGCAGGUCGGCCUUCGCCCCGCCCCAGCACCGAGGGAACGGACGGGCCGCCGACAGCCGGGAGAAGGCUGUCACCAUCUCAGAUGUCUCCCUGACUACUGCUAGGACUCUCCAUCAUCCCUGGGGCACCGACGGCUUGAGCAAUACGCCUGUGCCCCAGCCCCAGGAUGGCAUCGGACAGCCCCGAGUCCCUCAUGGCACUCUGCACAGACUUCUGCCUUCGAAAUCUAGAGGGGACCUUAGGUUACCUGCUGGACAAUGAGACUUUGCGACUUCACCCAGACGUCUUCCUACCCAGUGAGAUCUGUGACCGGCUUGUCAAUGAGUAUGUGGAGCUAGUCAAUGCUGACUGUAAUUUUGAGCCCCAUGAGAGUUUCUUCAGCCUCUUCUCAGACCCCCGAAGUACCCGUCUCACUCGUAUCCACCUUCGAGAGGAUCUGGUACAGGACCAAGACCUGGAAGCCAUCCGCAAGCAGGAUCUGGUUGAAUUAUACCUGACCAACUGUGAGAAGCUGACUGCCAAGAGUCUGCAGACUCUGGGUAGUUUUAGCCCCACCCUGGUCUCCCUAAGCCUCUUUGGAUGUAGGAACAUCUUUUAUGAAGAGGAGAACCCUGGGGGCUGUGAAGAUGAGUGUGUGGUCAACCCCACCUGCCAAGUUCUAGUUAAAGACUUCACCUUUGAGGGCUUCAGCCGCCUUCGAUUCCUCAACCUUGGCCGAAUGACUGAGGGGAUUCCUGUGGAGUCUCUUCUUCGACCUCUCCGAUCCCUAGCUGCCCUGGACCUUUCAGGCAUCCAGACCAGUGACGUGGCCUUCUUGACCCAGUGGAAGGAUAGUUUGGUGUCACUAGUUCUCUACAACAUGGACCUGUCUGAUGAGCAUAUUCGUGUCAUUGUUCAGCUCCACAAACUCCGGCACUUGGACAUCUCUCGAGACCGCCUCUCCAGCUACUACAAGUUCAAGCUGACCCGGAAGGUACUCAGCCUUUUUGUGCAGAAGCUGGGAAACCUAGUGUCACUGGACAUCUCUGGCCACAUGAUGCUAGAAAACUGUAGCAUCUCUAAGAUGGAUGAGGAAGCUGGGCAGACCAGCAUCGAGCCUUGUAAGAGCAGCAUUACCCCCUUCCGAGCCCUGAAGCGGCCCCUGCAGUUCCUUGGGCUUUUUGAGACUUCCCUGUGCCGUCUGACACACAUUCCAGCCUACAAGGUGAGCGGUGACAAGAAUGAGGAACAGGUGCUAAAUGCUAUUGAAGCUUACACAGAGCACCGGCCAGAAAUCACCUCUCGAGCCAUCAACCUUCUCUUUGACAUCGCCCGAAUAGAGCGCUGCAAUCAGCUACUCCGAGCCUUGCAGCUGGUCAUAACCGCCCUCAAGUGCCACAAAUAUGACAAAAAUAUCCAGGUGACGGGCAGUGCUGCGCUCUUCUACCUGACUAACUCAGAGUACCGCCCAGAACAGAGCGUCAAGCUCCGCCGGCAGGUCAUCCAAGUGGUACUCAAUGGCAUGGAAUCCUACCAGGAGGUGACGGUUCAGCGGAACUGCUGCCUGACACUCUGCAACUUCAGCAUCCCGGAGGAGCUGGAGUUCCAGUACCGGAGGGUCAAUGAGCUCUUGCUCAGCAUCCUCAACCCCACUCGACAGGACGAGUCAAUCCAGCGAAUCGCCGUGCACCUCUGCAACGCCCUUGUCUGCCAGGUGGACAAUGACCACAAGGAGGCGGUGGGCAAGAUGGGUUUUGUCAUGACCAUGCUAAAGUUGAUUCAGAAAAAGCUAAUGGACAAAACAUGUGAUCAGGUGAUGGAGUUCUCCUGGAGUGCUCUUUGGAAUAUCACAGAUGAGACGCCAGACAACUGUGAGAUGUUCCUUAACUACAGUGGCAUGAAGCUCUUCUUGGAGUGCCUGAAGGAAUUCCCAGAGAAGCAGGAAUUACACCGGAAUAUGCUAGGACUCUUAGGGAAUGUCGCAGAGGUGAAGGAACUGCGGCCCCAGUUAAUGACGUCACAAUUCAUCACUGUCUUCAGCAACCUGCUGGAGAGUAAGGCAGAUGGAAUUGAAGUAUCCUACAAUGCCUGCGGUGUCCUUUCCCACAUUAUGUUUGAUGGCCCAGAGGCCUGGGGCAUCUGUGAACCCAGGAGGGAGGAAGUUGUAGAACGAAUGUGGACAGCCAUUCAAAGCUGGGACAUCAACUCCCGGAGAAACAUCAAUUACAGGUCAUUUGAGCCAAUUCUUCGCCUACUUCCCCAGGGUAUAUCCCCUGUCAGCCAGCACUGGGCAACUUGGGCUCUGUACAAUCUUGUGUCAGUCUAUCCGGACAAGUACUGCCCCCUGCUGAUCAAAGAAGGUGGCAUGCCGCUUCUGAGGGACAUGAUCAAAAUGGCUUCCGCCCGACAGGAGACCAAGGAAAUGGCCCGGAAGGUGAUAGAGCACUGCAGUAACUUUAAGGAGGAGAACAUGGACACAUCCAGAUAGAGGCAAUGGGCCCUCCCGAUUCUGGCCCGCACAGGUCCCAACUUCUCUCUAAAUUACUGUAUCUAGGGAGGAAUUCUCACCAGCCUGGCUGUCGGAAGGCCCCCAUCCUGUGCGUGUGGGACCCCAAUGAGAUGAAGGUGCACUGGGGGAACUUUUGCACAACCAAUGCUUUUCCUUAACAUUAGUAAGAUAUAUAUAUUAUAUAUAUAUAUAAUUUUUUGUUAGGAAGUGUGAAUUGAAGUUUUGUGUGUAUGAUUUCUGUACAAAAACAAAAGAAACACCCCCCUCCCCGAGUCCUUGCAAUAUUCUUUGGCCUUUUUAAGCCCACAGAGAGCCUCCAAUAUCCAUUCCCUUUUCUCCACCAAUCACCUGCUGGCUCAAAGCUUGGAAAAUUGUGACUCAUAUCUCCUAUUAUUUCCACUGUCCCUCUUCUGUUGUGCAAAGCACCAGACCAUCCCUGGUCCCCUGCACCAGAUCCCCCAGGACAGCCAAGAGCCUAGGCUAGGCCCUCAGUUAGGCCUGGUGAAGUUUGAGGCUUAGUGGUAAAAGAACACGGAGAGUCUUAGAACAAACCCUGAAGAGGUCCCAGAAAGCCCAGGGUCCUUGGCUGUUGACUGUUAGAGGCAAGGCAGAGCCAUUCACAGUGCCAAGGCAUAGACAGAAGUGUUGAUAAGAGACUCAUAAUGGACAGAGGUCUUUCGCCUAUGUAAGCUCAGAAUCACCCUUACCCCUCUGGAGAGACGAGUACUCUGUCCACUGUUCUCCAGGGUGAUUUUUUUGCAUUGAUUUUUGCAAGCCACAGACAUAUACCCACACUGAAAGCCAUGCUGCUAAGGUGGCAUUAAGCUACUUCCUUUCUUCUCCCUCUCCUGCUUUGACCCAGGCCUCCCUCCCCUUCAAAUAAAGGGGGAGUGAAUGAUCUCUUCCUCUCAUAGUAGAUAGAGCAAGGACAGAUUCCUCCUCCGUCCCAGCAGAUGCACAUGCCUCCAGGUCCCUGGAGCUUCUCAAGUGCUUGCCUGUCUCAGAUAUUUCUACUAGGAUAGCUGAGCUGGCCGUACUUCCCUGUCCCAGCCCCUCACCCCCACCCUCACCCCACUAGCCCUUGGCAGCUGACAACCCCAUCACUGCUUCCUUGGUCACUGCUUCCUUGCAGCGGCUGAGAGCCUAGAGGAAUGACUCAGAGCAGCCGGAAGAGACCUGGGGACAGCUGGAAGUGAGAGCUUGCCAAGAUAGAGCCCUCAACCCCAGCAUACCUUUUCCCCCACUCAGAUUUGCAUUAGAAACUCUGCAUCGAGAGUUGGGGCAGCUCCCUCCCAGGCCAACACUGUGGCAACAGACAUUUCUCCAGACCAGCACAACAGACACUUUUCAGUGGUAUAGCCUAACCCAUCCCAUUGGGAGCAGGCAGUACCAUGGGGCAUUGUAAUCUCUGACUUUUCUUUUGGAACCUCUGUGCUUUGUUUUGGACAGUGUGAGACUUGUAUGUAUUUUUAAAUAUUUUGUUCCAAACCCUCUCCAUUUCUACUUUUUUUUUUUUUUUUUUUUUGGUGUAACUUUGAAUUGUUUUGAAGUUUGGACAGGUGGUGAGGGGGAAAUUGUCAACGAGAUGUACUUAGAAGCCAGCCACUCAGAAAAUCUUUUCUCCUCUUCCUCCUUCCCAGUCUCUCCUAUUAACCUUUCCCCUGAGUGUUAAUCUCUGUAUAAAAAAGGAUGGUAUAGGGGAAUUGAAAUACCUCUUUUCUCCUUGGUUUUCUUUUGGUCAGUUCCCAACAAGGGUAAGCUUUUUCUGGUCCUGGUAGUGAAGCUGAGUUUGAGUUAUUUGCCAGCCCAUCCACCAGAGACUGGGUAUUUCCCUAUGGACUCCCUUGCCCCCCUGUCCCUCCCCCCUUCCCUCACCUGGGCUGUCCCUGCUAUGAGGACCUUGGCACAGCUUUUUGCUUUGAAUGAGCACCCAGGUCCUGUGUAAGUGUCUGUAACUUGGGAUGUCACAGAAAUACAUUUUUGUGCAAAGUGGA